CAAUCCUGCGUGAUCCUUCUAGCAGAGAAACAUACUGACAGGCUGACGCACGUAUUUGGUAUCUGACUCAGAGUGAGCUGUUGCACGAACGGCUAUGGAGUUGGCCAUCCGAGCUUCAGCCACCCCCAGGCUUUCUCUUCCCGGUCCUUCCUCAUUAUCUUCCACUCCCAGAUCUUCUUUCAGACAACAAUUCAGACCCACUUCUGUAUCAUUACCAACAUCAACGACCAUAUCUCUGCUGGCUCUAUUUACUCCUUCCCAUGAAGCGAAGGCUCUCAGCCUCUCCAAGGAUCAGAUAGUCUCUACUCUCACUGAAGUGGAGAAAACAAUUGAUAAGGUUCAGGAAGUGGGUUCGAGUUUCUUUGACACCACUCAGCGUAUUCUUGAAGUUGUGGGAAAUGCUUUGAAGCCGGGUAUUGAGGUGGCAUUGCCAAUUGUAAGGCAGGCAGGAGAACAGGCCUUGAAGUUUGCUUCCCCGGCAGUUUCCGAGGCUUCAAAGAAGGCCCAAGAAGUAAUUCAAAGCUCUGGCUUGGACACACAGCCUGUUCUCAGUGCUGCUAAGACGGUCGCAGAUGCAGCUCAGCAGACCACAAAGGUAAUUGAAGUGGCCAAACCUAUAGCCUCAUCAACCUUCGAAAACAUCUCGUCAGCAGAUCCUGUUGUGAUCGUAGGAACUGCCGGAGCAUUAUUUCUCACAUACCUCCUCCUUCCUCCCAUUUGGUCUAUCAUCUCUUUUAGCCUUCGGGGUUAUCAAGGUGAUCUUACUCCUGCGAAAACUCUUGAUCUAAUAUCUAGUAAAAGCCACUUUAUGAUUGAUAUUCGAUUGGAGAAGGACAAGGACAAGGCUGGUAUUCCUCGCCUUCCCUCUAGUGCUAAGAACAGGAUGAUUGCAAUUCCUUUGGAAGAAUUACCAAGCAAGUUAAGAGGCCUUGUCAGAAAUGCAAAGAAAGUGGAAGCAGAAAUAGCUGCUUUGAAGAUUUCUUAUCUCAAGAAAAUUAACAAAGGCUCCAACAUCGUUAUCAUGGACUCGUACUCCGACUCAGCCAAAAUAGUUGCCAGAGCACUAACAAGCCUUGGCUUUAAGAACUGCUGGGUUGUAGCUGAUGGGUUUUCUGGAAGCAGAGGAUGGUUGCAGAGUCGGUUAGGAACAGAGUCAUAUAAUCUGUCUUUUGCUGAGGUCCUCUCACCGUCCCGGGUCAUCCCUGCUGCGGUCAGACGCUUUGGGACGACCAGCUCAAGUGGCCAAAAAUUACUUCCUGGGUCCGAUUGAAAAUUUCCUCUGGUUAAAAAUGCUUCUGAUGUGCAUAAAUGGUUUAGAUUAGACCCCUUUGGAACGAAUUUUUUGUGUAAUUCUUUGAUCAAUGUCAAUCAGUUGGUCUCUUGUUUUUUUUA